GUCCUCGCGCGGGGUCCUCGCUCCGCUGGCGGUUGGGCGCCAACUGUUUGAAUUCCUUCCAGAGAGUUCCGGCGAGAAGCGCGCGCCCGAGCGCUCCGUUACCUCACGGCGGGCACAGCAACCGAGAGAGACGACCGACACCGGGAGAGGGUGUCCAACACGGCACACGAGAUGGACACACAGAUCCAGGAGCUGAAGAAUCUUAUGGACGAGUUGGCGAUCAUCAUCUCUGCCCGUCACGGCGAGGAGCUGCUUCAGAAAGCCAUGAAGAAGAGAGAGGAGGCAAUCGACCACUACCUCAGAGUGGAAAAGGAUGCCUCCCAGCUGGUCAGAGAGCUUCUGCAGAUGGAGGAGAGUGUGGCUCAGAAGGUCUUAGACUUGGAAGAGGAAAAACAGAAUGGUUUUCUGGAAUUGCGGAAAAUUGAGGAAGAAUUGAAGCAGAGUCAGCAACAGAAUUUGGAGCAAGUCACAGAACUCAAAUUACUGCAGAGAGAAUUGGAGGAACUUGAAAAGAUUGAAGAAGACACUGCCAAAAUGGAGGAGGAGGUGGAUGAAGAUACACUUGUGGUUAUUCCUUCUACUAAGUACUUGGCUCAUAUUUUCCACAAAGUUACCAACAUCAUUUGGGACUACGACAGUGACCCUUCUGUUGUUAAAGGCAUUCAUUUUGGGAAGGAUAUAACACAGCCAAUUAACAUUGACGCUACCAAACACUCUGAGAGCUUCAUCUGCGAUUAUCUGUGGAAUUUGGUAAGCACGGACUGGUAGAAUGACCUCAAGAAGAAAAAAAUGAGGAAGAGUUGGCUGCCCGCAUCACAAAUCAUACUUUGAGCCACCAAUGAUUCUGAAGCUAUGGAUUUUCUUUUCAUAAAUCUAUCUUCCUUUUAAAUCUGAUGGGACAGUCUUGUCAAAGGAUUGUUUGCAAUAAAGCAUGCAACAAUUGUCCCCAGUGAGAGAGCAUUGUCAUUUAAUAUGCCUGGAAGAGUGACCCAGUGAGACUUGUGCAUCUGAUUUUCUUAGCCAAAGGAAAUCAGGAAGAGUUGGUACUACCAUAGCUGAGAUUAGAAACAAUCGAUUUACAGUGAAUUGUGGGCACAAAGAUGUGCCACAUCAGGAGAAUAUUGUACAGAUACUGUAAUGCUUAAUAUUUUGGAAAAAAAAUACAAAUGGUCCACUACUUUCAGCAGCAAAGUGAGCCUAUGUAGUAAUGAGUUUGAAUCCCUCUUGUGACUGGCUUUUGCAAUCCACCAUUGUUGAAUGAAUUUCUAUAGUUCUUAAAUGAGGAACAAGAAAGCAUUGUCCAUUGUGGGGUGGGGGAGCUGUCAGGUCAAAACCUGUUGGUAAAGCAUGGGUCAAUAUUGACCAUAGACAUUUAAUUUUGUAUAUGAAUAAUAAAAAAAACAAACUGA